AUGGUAGACCAGCAUCUAACCCUCACCGCACUCGUCGUGGGUGUCAUCCUGCUAAUCCCUCUACUCUACACCUCGCAAUUUAAAGGAUGGAUUCGCAGCGCCCAAUCCAAGGCAGGACUUUGGUCACUGUUGCGACGGCGCCGCCCAACGCAAUCCAGCGAGAUCGUCUCAUUGCAUAUGUACCCGAUCAAAUCCUGCCGCGGCUUCCAAGUGCAAGCCACAACUCUUCGGCAACACGGCUUGGAUCUUGAUAGACGCUGGAUGCUGGUUGACGCGUCGACGCGCGAGUUCCUGACUAUCCGCCAGAUCCCGGAUAUGACUCGUAUCGGGACGGGGUUGAGUGAUGACGGACUGGAAUUGGUAAUUACCAUUCCGAGGAAAUCAGUUGAGGGAAGUGAAAGUGGUCUACUGCACACCAUCCGCAUCCCAGCAUACCCGUCUCCGGAAUGGCUCGCCGCAAACUCGACCACGGCGCCGGUCAAGAUCUGGGACACGGACACGGACGGGUAUAUCUACAACGAUGAAGUGAACGCCGCAUUCUCUGAGUUUUUGGGGAGACCAGUCGCACUCGCCUAUAAAGGCCCCACGCCGCGUGUGCUGCAGGGGAACGGGAACCCGCGCCUCCUGGGCCGAGUGCAGACGACCAACUUCCCAGACGUGCAUCCCGUCCUCAUCGCAUCGGACUCAUCGUUGACGGAACUAAACACCCGCCUGCAGCGAGUGGGAGUCGAUCCCAUCACAGUGGAACGAUUCCGGCCCAAUAUCGUCGUCCGCGGCGGAACGCCUUGGAGCGAGGAUUCAUGGAAGUUGGUGCGUAUCCACAGCCGGAAUCCAGAGAAACCUGGGUCUGAGUCUGGGUCUGGAUCUGCGGUUUCUGCGCCUCUCGAUCUCGAUAUCGUGGCCCGCUGCGCAAGAUGCCAAGUGCCCAACGUCGACCCCGACACGGCAUUCAAGCACAAGAAACAGCCGUGGGAUACGCUGGUCUCGUACCGGCGUGUUGAUGAGGGCAUCAAAUAUAAACCGUGCUUCGGAAUGCUGAGCGCGCCGCGCAGUGAAGGCGUUGUCGAGGUGGGCAUGCGGUUGGAGGUGCUGGAGGAGACGACGGAGCAUCGGUAUAUCAAGGGUUUUUGA